CACCAGCUCGCCGCGCCCCAGUAGAUGGAGUUGUUUUUCGUCGUGACGGUGUGUAAGAAUCUCUGAUGCGAGCACCACUGCACCAACCGUUUUCAGAUCGACGAUCUAUGUACACCCAGACAGCCAGAGCACGCCGUGAGCCGCACAAACUUCCAGAGAAAGAGCUCGCCGUAGAAGCCCACACGUACGUACGCUGCAGCAAUCGAGAACCGAAUCAAAAGCUCGAACGAGUUCGCAUGUCCUAGCCUUGCCCUGGUAGUGUUGUCCAAGAACAAGCAGCUUCCACCCAUGCAUCCGAUGAUCAGCUGCCUCGCGGCAGUCCUCCUUCUCCUCCUCCACGUCGGCGUCGCGCCGGCGGCCAACGCCGCGCCGGGCACGUUCGUGCAUGCCGGGUGCUCGCCGUCCAGGUACGCGCCCAACACGGCCUUCGAGAGCAACCUCAACUCCCUCCUCGCCUCCAUGGCUUCCGCCGCGUCCUCCGGCGCCACCUACAACAGCUUCACCUCUGGCGCCGGACGGGAGGAGGCAGAGGCAGUAGUGGACGCCGCGGCCGAUGGCGCUGGCGCGGCGUCGUCGGCCGCCUACGGCAUGUACCAGUGCCGCGGCGGCCUGCGCCCCGGCGAGUGCGUGUCGUGCGUGCGCGACACGGUGGCGCACCUCGGCGCCGCGUGCGCCAACGCGCGCGCGGCGUCGCUGCAGUCGGACGGGUGCCUCGUGCGGUACGGCGCCCGCAGCCUCGUCGGCCGCGCCGCCGACACCUCCGUGGCGUACCUCCGGUGCAGCGCCGGCACGAGCGGCGACGCCGGGUUCCUGAGCGCCCGCGGCGCCGUCCUGGCGGAGCUGCAGCGGGGCGUGGAGGAGGCCACCACGGCCGCGGCCUCCUCGGGCGCGUACAAGGUGAGCGCGCCGGGGCCCGUGCGCGGCGUCGCGCAGUGCCUCGGCGGCAUCCCGGCGAGCCAAUGCGCCGCGUGCAUGGCGCAGGCGGUGGCGCAGCUUGGGGGCACGUGCGGCGCCGCGCUCGCCGCCGACGUGUACCUGGUGCAGUGCUCCGUGAGGUACUGGGCCAACAGCAACAACUACCGAUAGUCCCAAGAUAAUUCGGGAGAUGACGUUGGGAGGACCGUGGCGAUAAUAAUCGGUAUCAUGGCUGGUUUAGCGCUCCUCGUGGUGUUCAUCUCCUUCCUCAGAAAAACUUGUAGUUGAGCCCUCUCUUGAUUCAACUGGCUCUUCUUGCCUUGCUCUGGUUCUGCUUGAGCCAAGAUAUGAGCAGAUGGGCAGACUAGCUAACCCGGCCACACAGCAGAGAGGACCGUGCACCACUCGUCUGCUUGGAGCCAUGGAGCUCGUAGCUAGCCACCACGCAUUUUGUCGGUCGGUGACAUGGAUUAUUCAACAUCCUAGAUUCUUCAAAUUGUUUGGACAGCGGUUAUGUUCUGUUUUUUUUUUAAUCUUAAACCUGGCCUGUGGAUUUCAGCCUUGCAA